CAUGAGAAGACAAGUCUGAGCUCGAGCCUGAUCCAACAACAGAGUCACGUUCACUUCAUUUGACUGAACCUUCAUUCGGCUCAGUUGUGUUAUCUGGUCACGGCGGUCAGGCUUUCGGUUACACGAGUCAUCCAAUACACUCUUAAAAAUAAAGGCUCCAAAAAGAAUUUUACGCAUAGAAGUACGAUUUUAAAAAUCUAAAGAACCUUUUUCCACUAGAAAGAACCUUUUGUGGAAUGGAAUGUUAUAGAUUCUUUAUGGAACCAUCGAUGCCAACAAAAACCUUUAUUUUUAAGUGUAGAUCAAUUAAUUAACAUGGUUAAAUUGCUGAGACCGAUAAUGCCAUUUUCAGCUAAUUUACGUGUUUUUCAGUGGACAUUAUUGUCUCCUACAUUAUUAUUACAUUACAUUAUUAUUACUCUACAGCACUACAGCAAGAACCAUGUCAAAAUCAUAUUAUGACUCAAAGAAACCAACAAACAUAAAAAGUGUUAAACCCUCAACCACUGAAGGUCUGCAGGAGGAGAGAGAGAGAUAUAGAGAGAGCGAGAGAGCGAGUCUCCAGUAAACGUGCAGCUACUCUGUAGUUUCAUGUUGAGUCGUGUUUCUUUCUGCCACUGAAGUUCUUCAUGCCAAAGCAAAAGCUUCACUGACACACAUUACUAGAAACGGACUACAACAAACGGCUGGUAGGGACUACAACAAGCUUCUUCCCAGGGUCAGGAAUGAAGUGAUGAACCCAAAUGAAGCAGCAGCCAUCCUCUGGUCAUUCAGUCUUCAACAGCAUUGCAAUGAUGAAUUUGAUGAGCUGAAUUCCAUGGUGUCUCAUCACUGAGGAAGACUAACAGCAAGAAGACAUUUUUUUUUACUGUUGGGGACCCAUGGGCGCGAUUCACAAUUCACCCAGCACAGGGUUCUCCAAUGAGUCCUCACUCGCUCCCACGAGUGCCCGCCAGAGCAACGAAGUCCUUCUGCGGCACUAUAACUACACGGGCAAACUGGAUCAGGGCCGAGAAGAAUUCAAACCGGAAGCCAUUGCCUUACUUUUCAUCUGCCUCAUCAUUGUUCUGGAGAACUUCAUCGUCCUCAUGGCCAUCUGGAAAAACAAGAAGUUCCACAUGCCCAUGUAUUAUCUGCUGGGCAACCUGACACUCUCAGACCUGCUAGCCGGAUUCACUUACAUGCUGAAUAUCAUCCUGUCAGGGCCGAACACGCUGAAAUUGACGCCACUGCUCUGGUUUCUAAGAGAAGGUGGCGUGUUUAUCACGCUGAUGGCGUCCGUUGUUAGCUUGCUGGCCAUAGCCAUUGAGCGUUACUUCACCAUGCUCAACACAAAGCCUUAUUACCGCACCAAGCGCAACCGCAUGUUCGCUCUGAUCGGAGUGAGCUGGGCGUUGUCGAUGUUGCUAGGCGCCCUGCCUAUUUUGGGCUGGAACUGUUUGCAUGACCUGAAAUCGUGCUCCACAGUGCUGCCGCUCUACGCCAAAAGUUACAUCUUUUUCUGUAUAUUCGUGUUCAUGGCCGUCCUGUUGGCCAUCGUCGUUCUGUACGGACGGAUCUUUCACUUCGUAAAGUCCAACACGCAGAACCCGAGCUGCAUGAUGCAAAAAGCCUACGGCCUUCGCUCGCGGAAGUACAUGGCAUUGCUGAAGACGGUCACCAUCGUGGUGGGAGUGUUUAUCCUGUGCUGGAUGCCGCUGUUUGUGCUCCUGCUGAUGGACGUCAAGUGUACCACGGGGGAGUGUCCGGUCCUCCUCAAGGCUGAUUACUUCCUGGGCGUGGCCAUGAUUAAUUCCUUCAUUAAUCCCAUUAUUUACACAAUGACGAGCAAAGACAUACGGCGAGCCAUCCUGAAGCUGCUCUGCAAACGCUGCCUGACGACCAAAGACGGGCAAGUGAGGAAUAUUGGCUUUAAGAUUAGCUUCACUAAGACGGACGCAAACCCCCAGGGGCUGGAGACGACCGUUUCUUCGGGCAAUGCCACGACCAUACAUCUCAAAUCCAUCUACCCGAAGCUCAAAUUAUCCGUCAUCGCCUAACGCCAUGUCACACAUAAUCAGAGGUUUUUCCUUUCCAGUUUCAACAGCGAUACGCAACAAUUCUGUUUUAGACACGGUUUCUAUUUCUGCGACGUUGCGGCUGGAACAACGUACAAAGUAUGACAAUGAUAAUCACAGGUACUAAUUAUGUGCUUUAUUUAAUGUUAAAAGAGUCUAAUGUGAGUUUGAAUAUCAUUUUGCGUGACCUUUCUAGCCGUAUUGAGCGAAAAUGGAUAAUUCACCAAAAUGAAAGGAAACAAGAGUGUUCGAACUGUCAACUCAAUGUGAACAGACAAGAGUAGGCUAUUCUAUGACAAAGACUGUUUGUCACUCAGUAUGUAUUUUUACUAAUGUUAAAAUUGUGUAAUAUUUAUGAAUUUGAUGUACUUUUUUUUACUUUCAUUUUGUUGUGACAGCAGUAUGAGAG